GCUGAAUGUUGACAUUCAACAUGGCGGCAUGUCGUCAGUGCUGUGCUGUGUCGUGCUUGUGUAAUUGUUAGUUUAAGACAUUUUUGAAACGUUCAUUAUAAAUUCAACUUUUAAAAGCCGAAGAACAAGAAACGACAAUAUAGAAAUUAUUGAAACAACACAGCCACACUCAGCACGCAUUGAAGACAUCUGAGGAUUUUCAAGUCAUCAAUAUUUAUCCUUUCAAAUCUUUAACGUUUUUGAUUUGUACUUUUUAUAAGAGAUAACUGGCGUUUAAACUAAAACUCUAUUCUUCUCUUCACUCUAUUUCUCUUUAAUGCCUUCAAUAUCUGUAUUUAAAAAAUUAUAUCAAAACGGAAUUGUUGGGCACGCGACCACCGACUUAUAAAAAAAUCUCGUAUGUAUGUGAAUGGAAAGUAUCAUUGUUGGCACAUAUGAAUAUUGUGCUGAUAAUUUUAUACACUCUUAGAAAAUUGGUAAUAUACGAUAAAAAAAAAAGUUCAAUAAACUAGUGCAUUAUUUAUUUAUAUGUAACAUAUUAAAAGCUAUUCUGGGACUGUAAAAAAAUCUAUAUGCGAAAUUGCGUUUGCUUCAUCGUGGAAAGUGCCAACGAGUCACAAGUCGCUUGCCUUGAAGAUCGGUGCUUUCUCAAUGAAUGGUAUCGAUGAUACGUAAAAAAAAUAAGGUAGCUACCAAAUAUAGCAGCAACGAGACCAUUGCCUUCCUUUAAUCAUCCCAUAUAAAGAAAAGCGGGGAAGGUAUUAAAAGUUCUUUGGCAGCAUUUUGAGAAGCCUUUCUUCCUCUUUGUCAAGUUCUCGUAAAGUCGUAAAUAAUACAUAAACGAAGUUAUAAGGUACCAAGAACCAUUCUGUGAUAUCUAUGUUAACACUUAAAUAAUUGAAAAGACUAAAAUUUCUAAGUAUAAGUAUAUAAUAUCGUGAGUGGCUGUUAAGGCCAUAAAACAUUAAGGACAGAAGAAAAAGUUCGACUGAUCAUUUCCAUCACCUGCAACGAGACAAAGACAAAGAAACAUAAAUAUUAUAUAAAAGAGAGGGAUAGUAGUAAUCAUUAAAAAUAUAAAGAAUUUGAGAUAUGUCCAACAAUCCUCGGUGGAAAACUUUCCAGCCGCCAAUCAUGAACUCUGACCCAGCAAUAUUAGAAUGCAAGUCCAUGGCCAUUCCAAGUCCAAAAGUUAUCAGUGGCACUCAACCAACAAACAGUUAUCGCAAUGGUACCAAUUACAGUGGUGAUUUCACGGACUCGCCUCCAAGUUGUGGAAAGAACUCUACAACGUUCAAUAAUUAUUCAGGCGCACAAACUUCUCCUGGUAAUGGAACAGUGAGAUUUCCAAUCGGUACAUUUACUGGUUUAGAGGGAGCAGUGAAUUAUUCAGGGGAGCCAGUGACAACAAAUAAUUCUUAUCAAUCUGAUCAGUCGACGAACCAAGGCACACGUGAAACCGGCAUCAUUGAAAAACUUUUGCAUUCUUACGGAUUUAUUCAAUGUUGUGAAAGGCAAGCAAGGUUGUUUUUCCACUUUAGCCAAUUUAGUGGUAAUAUCGAGCAUCUUAAAAUUGGAGAUCCUGUAGAAUUUGAAAUGACAUACGAUCGUAGAACUGGAAAACCAAUUGCAAGUACUGUUAGUAAAAUUGCCCCCGAAGUGGUUUUAAGCGAAGAACGAGUAACAGGUAACGUAACAACAGAAUUACAAGCAACUGGUGAUUCUCAAGGCCGAAUCAGUUAUGAAAAUAGAGGCGAAUGUUUUUUUCUACCAUAUACCAAAGAUGAUGUCGAAGGAAAUGUAACUCUCCUUAACGGUGAUAAAGUCUCAUUUCAAAUUGCUACAAAUCAACGUGGAAACUUAGGAGCAUGCCACAUCAGAUUUGAAAAUCCAGUUCAUCCUGUUCGUUAUCGUGGUGUAGUAUGUUCAAUGAAAGAAAGCUAUGGUUUUAUUGAGCGGGCAGAUGUUGUUAAAGAAAUAUUCUUCCACUUCAGCGAAGCUAAAUCCAUGAACGAAGAAUUAAAACUUGGUGAUGAUGUUGAAUUUAUUAUACAAUCUAAAAAUGGAAAAGAAAUAGCACGUAAUAUAACAAAGUUGCCACCAGGAUCUAUUAUAUUCGAGGAAAUAAAUGAUGAAAUUAUCAAAGGGCAAAUUUUGAAACCACUUGAAAGGAGUCUCUUAGCUAGGCAAAGUGAUCCACUACCAGGCCGCAUUCGUUAUAGAGCACCUGAUCACUCUGAAGUCGAGGUAUCUUUUGGUGACAAAGAUCAAAAGGGUGAUUUUACAUUAAGACACGGAGACUGGGUUCAGUUUAGAAUUGCAACAGAUACUAGAGAUCAAUUAAAAAGGGCUACAGAAAUUUCAUUAUUACCUGAAUCUUUUACGGUAUCCGGUGAACGACGCGAACAGGGUGUUAUUGUUUCUUUAAGGGAUGGUUAUGGCUUUAUUCGUUGUGCUGAACGCGAAGGCAGAUUAUUUUUUCACUUUAACGAGGUGUUAGAUGUUGAUAGAGAAAUAUGCGUUAGCGAUGAAGUGGAAUUCACAGUUAUACAGGAUCCUUCUUCGUCAUUUUCUAAUGCAAGACAAAGUGGUAUUAGAUUGAAACACUUACCGUCUGGUACUGUACAAUUUGAAACUAUAAUAGAAUCCAAUGUGUUAGGUAAUGUAAUUAAAGAAAUCAGUGAUAACGAGCCUGGAUUAAUAGGCUACCUGAAGGACGAACAAGAAAAAAACAUUAUUUUCUUCAGUAAAGAUUGUAAUUUUAAAAAUAUUCCAAAACUAAAUGAUAAAGUUCGAUUCAAUAUUUGCCAAGUGAAAUCUAAUAAGAAGCACGUUGCUGAAAAUAUAUCACUUUUAAAUUCGGCCGGAGAAAAAAUUCAAAACCAAAAUAGUAAUAAAAAAUUUAUGGGAGAAAUGAUUCCAGGCUUUAUAGCUGCUCUCAAAGAUGGUUUUGGCUUUAUUGAAACAGUAACUCACGAUAAAGAAAUAUUUUUCCCAUUUAGCAAUUUCAACGGAGACGCGAGCUUUUUGGUAUUGGGCUCGGAGGUCGAGUGCAGCAUUAUCUCGGGAAACAAUAAUCGAGGCUCGGGUGGAUGUAUUGCCGCGGAGUUCGUGCAAAUACUACCUAAAGGGAGCAUUCCGAGACCAACGGUGUGUAGCGAGGUCCUGGACGGUACCGUGACUCGUCCAUUGCGUAGUGCCAAUCCCGAGCAGGCGGAAUACGCCGGAUUGAUAAAGGUCAAUCCAACGAGCGAGGAAGAAGAAACACCGGAGUACGAGUUCGGCAUAAUGGGUCUGUCGAACAAGCGCGAGCUCCUGCAGAUCGGCGAUCCCGUACAAUUCCAGCUGAACUCGGAAGGUCACGCCUGCAAUAUCGUAGUGGUGCGGAAAAAGCGCCGAGCAACCGUCGAUGCCGUCAAAGGACUCUUUGGCUUUUUGGCUUACGAGGUGGACGAGGGCAAGAAACUCUUUUUCCAUAUGAGCGAGGUGUGCAACAAUGUCAAACUGCAGCCGGGCGAUCAAGUCGAGUUCGUUUUGGUUACAAAUCAACGCUCCGGAAAGUCUUCGGCGUGUAACGUUGUGCGCUUAAGUGAUGCAAUACAGCAACAGCGGCCAGAACGAUUAAUAAGUCUGCGCACUGUUCCUUCGCAAGAUUCUGGGCCGAAAUUAACCGUAGUCAGACAACCAAAAGGUCCGGACGGAACCUAUGGCUUUAGUCAAGAAAGGAUUCAACGCAAACCAGGUGCCAUCGAAGAAUAAUGUUAACCGUUGUACCUAAUAUGACAGAAACGCAAGGAGUAAAGACAUAACCACGGAUUGCAUACCUACCUUACCUUUUUUUCGUCCAUGCACGUGUCUACGCCGAGAUUAUUGUAAUAAAUAAUAAUUGUUAUCA